AUUACCGUUGUGAACAAGAAGAUGAGGCAUAACUUUGCAACUGGCCAGUUUAUACUGCUCUAUUCCAUCAUCGUAUUAAUUUAUAAAUUCAUCGACUGCCAUGACAUUUGCACAAAACCUGAAUUGAGGAAAUAUGAAAAAGUAAUUUUUCAAAGUAAUGCAUAUAAUUAUUCUCAUCACUAUUAUUAUUCCCGGAUGAUCCGCUCUGAUCAGUCUCCUCCAAUUGUUAGCGGCACGUUUGAAAGAUUGGUUGAUAAUAAAGAUAUCUAUCCGAAGUUCUCGUUUACGUUUUACGGCUCCAAAGUCAUCAACUUCAGAAUAUUAACUACUGGUAGAAUUGAAAUGUACGAUGAAAAUUACUUAGGAGUAGUUAGAAAUUAUGUGAGAAGCGGUUAUUAUGUGAAAACUGAUAUUUCGAAUGAGCGGGAAUUAUUGGCCGUCAGAAUGUCUUAUUAUCCAGUUGCUGGUGGUAAAAAUAAAGAUAGUCAUCUGCUUGUAGUUCCUGCAUUCACUAUAACUACUCUGAUACAACCGAAUGGGAAGAUAUCAAUCUAUUAUGCGAACAUUCCUACGGUAGAUAGCAUAACCGAAAAGCCAUCGGGAAUUUAUGGAUGGUUACAUUGCGGAGAAACAGAUAAGAAAGUAACUCAAAUAUAUGUUCCUAAAAUAUGGAUCCGAAGUGGAACGUUAGUGGAGUAUGAAGCUCUCGGGGAUUGUCCGAAAUACGAUUCGACUGAAGCAUGUCGUGGCUCAAAAGCACCGAAAACAAGGUGUAUAUGGUGUGAAACAGCCAAUAUGUGCAUUACCAGAAGUGAUGAGGAUACUUAUGAACUCAAAGUAAAUGGUUGCAAGAAUAAAUACAUCGAUACAGAUACAAAAACUCUAACAGCCACUAAAACUGAUCUAAUAAAUGAAUUGAAGAAGAUUAGUGGAAGCGCUUAAUCAUCUGAAGACACUGAGGAUGGAAUUCUACUGGAAUAAUUGUACGCCUUUUACCGUUUCUUAUGUCGUUCCUCAUUGUUUUUAUGGUCUUUUAUAUUCGGCUAUAAUGCUGCAUAAGGAAGCGAGCAUAUCAAUAUUUCUCACAGACAGUUUGUCACUUGUUUUCAUCAAGUUGACUUUUUUAUUUUUAUUUUUUAGUUUAGUAAACACACUUUCAAUUUUUUUAAUCAUUUCAAUAAACUAAAGAUUGUUUUAAUGGAACUGCAUAUCACAUUGUUGAUUGUUUACGUCAUGACUGAUGUCACUUUUUUGUUAGAAUAUAAAAAUAUAAUUUUUUGUAUUUA